AUGCUGCCCAAACGGGGCACGAUAAGGUUGCCGUUUAAAAAAUGGAAUAGCACUGUAGCAAUCAAUUACAAUAUAUCCAACGCUGAUUUAAGGUUAAGUGCCGAGCAAUCGAGUCUCAAUGCCAGUCUCAAGAAAUCAAUCAAGGCUAAUGUGACGCUGCAGAAUGUGCUCAAGGACCGCAACAAAUCGAAAAUACUAACACUCGAACCCCUGGUCAGUGAACAUAAGCUCGGCCUUUCAUCUGAGCGACAUUUAACCAGACUUUCUGCGCUGUUACACGCCCAAGAGUAUAUCACAAUUUUAGUGGAGAUCACUCUUCAGUCCAAGUUAGAUGAAGACUAUGGACAAAAGAUAUUCACACAAAACAUUCUGACACAUAUGGAGUUCUCUUCAUUCAUUCAAGGACUUUUGAACUCUAGCGACCUUGCUAAUAAGUUGACGCAAGUCGCGCCGCCAGGAACGCAUGGCGCAGAAAUGAUAUUCAAUCUUUACAAGAUCUACCUAGGGGCUAUAGGACCAGGACCACUAAGUCCGCUGCAAUUGCAUGAUCUAAAUCAACUUAUACACUUUUUCAUCAAGAGCUCUCAACUACGUAAAGCGCAGAUGGUACUUGACAAGAUUUUAGACUCAUACCAAAAUCAACUUCCUUGUGAUGUCACUAGUGCGGUUCAUUAUUUACAGCUGAGAUGCGGUGCUCUGCCGCGAAGCUGGCCUGUGAACACCGAGACUGGUAUCAAGUUUCGCUCACCAAAGAGUCGCAAGAGUCAUGUAUCCUCCAAUUACAAAGCUUUUGACAAGAGCUUUGUGCAGGAAUUUCUCCAUCAACUGAACAAUCCAGCAAAUCACUGGUCGCACAGAUCAUCAACAACCUUGGAAUCUGCAGUCAUAUAUUCCUUGGGCUUCAUGGGUCAGGUUUCCAUGAUCGAGGAUCUCAUACUGAAAAAGUGGGGCAUUUCACUGGAUACUACAACGAAAAUUCAAAGCACGAAAGCGACGGUAGGACCAACGUCUGAGAUUUUGAUUUCCAUCUUGACUAGUUUAGCACGCAAUAAUCAAAUGGCAUCGGCUCUCCAACUGAUUGACUUGUUUAUUACAAAAUACCCUGAGGUGGAGCUAAAUAAAAUGUUCUGGAGACGUCUAUUUCAGCACAGUACUGGCCUAUGGAACCCUAAGAAAGACCCUCGUGGCCAACUCUCGAGUGGAUGUUGGGAAGUGAUGCAGCAAUGGCACGAGACGCGGGGAAGGCAACUGCACAUUGAUAUAAUCUUACUGGAGGAGAGAUAUGUGGUUUUGCGAAUGACAAACAAUUACAAAGAGGCAAUCAAGGUAUUUCCGCAGUGUUUGUCACAGCUGUACGAAAAGAAUGACCUAACUGCAAAAGAGAUAGGAUUGGUGCAAAAGUACGCGAAACUCAUUUUGAAAAACCUGGCGGCGUCGGGCAAUUACCACAACGCCUUGCAGUUUAUCAAAGAGUGGUCACCCAAUAACGAGCUUGAAAUCAGCUUUAGGAGUUACUUUGAUGAACAUAGGGAGCGAUAUCUGAACCGCAACAAAAAGAAGUUAGAGGCUUCUCAACAGAAACAGAAGGCUUUUGACGAUGAAGAGGAGGAUGGCAUGCUUUUGGGGAGAUUGUGGUAG